AUUUAAUUUCGGAUUAGUUAACCUUUACUUUAUAAUUAAUUAAUUUAUGUAUAACUCCAGUUUUCAAUGUAUGUGUUUAAAUUUUAACAGGUUGUUGCUCAAGUUGAGGGGAAGCAUUGGACUCUGUGAGGAAAAAAUUGACUUUGUUAAUGGUGGUGGUGCCAUUUUGAGGAAGAAAAUAAUAAAAAGUGAGCCCCUACCAUUAGCAGCUUAAUUACAUAUACAUACAUACAUACACAUAUACAUUUCUGCGCUGCGCCGCUCGUGUGCUGCCAAAACAGAAAAAAGAAGAAAGAAAAGAAAAAAAGAAAAGAAAAGAAAAGAAAACCCCAUCUCCACAACAAAACUCACAGAUCUCAAGGCCUAUUUUUUGAUUAAUUAAUUAAAAAAAAAGUAAUAAGUGGGGGGGAAUUGUUGGGAUUUGUUUAUUGUCCGAAGAUUCAAAGUAUUGGUUUCUUUCUUAUUUAUAACCAAAGGUCGGGUUAUUUUUAUACCCUUUUACUUCAUCUGCAAACCAAAACCCCAUUUCUCAAGUCAAAGUGCAGAGAAUUUGGUGCUGAGUUAUUUAGUUGUUAUUACAAAAGAGGCCAUAUUCGAAGGGUGGGUCGGCGAUUCUGUUGGGAUUUCCUUCUCAUUGCUUUGCAAGAAAUUCAAGAUCACAGUUUGAUGAUGAUGUCAUCUUCGUCGUUGGACUACGAUAUUUGGUCGAGAGAGCCGCAGAGCGUUAGAGAGAGAAGGGAUAGCUUUCUGUCGAGGAUGGGUUUCGUUGAGUCGGAAUCUUCUUGUGCCGUCGUAGAUAGUGAUUGCAGUUUGAUGUCGGAAAGACGGAAGUCGAACAGCGAAGCGAAUUGCUCCGUCGAUUAUUCCGACCACGAUUGGUUGGACGAUAUUACCCUCGAUGUCGAUGAUGACGAUAAUGAGGAUGAUGAUGAGGUAGAUCAAAAUCAAAUACAUGUAACCGAUCAAGUCGAGCGAGAAAUCAAAAUCAACCAAAUCGAGCGAGAAAUCCCGGCCGUUGAUUACGAGAAAAAGUCGAAAGCCACGAGAUGGUUGAGAUAUUUUGCCAAGAAAAUCAAAACCGCAAAUGUAUCGGAUAAAUCGAAUUUACGGGCCCGAAUUAGAAUGGAGCCGAGUCGGAAGAGGUGUACCGAGUGCACAGCUGUCUAUUUCGAGCAAGAAAUCAAAGCCCACAACGGCUUGAUUCGGUCGAUGAAGUUUAGCCCCGAUGGAAAAUAUUUGGCUAGUGGAGGUGAAGAUGGUGUUGUUUGCGUGUAUCGAGUAACCACGGUUGAUGUCACUUGUCAGGCCGGUAACUGCAGUUACGGCCGUGGCCAAUUUAUCGAAAAGAAAAAAUCGAUUCAUCCGUCGUCGGUUAUUAUUCCGGAAAAGAUUUUCCACAUCGAACAAGAGCCUAUGCAUACGUUCAAAGGUCAUACGAGUGAUGUUCUAGACCUUGCUUGGUCCACAUCUAAUCAUCUUCUAUCAUCUUCGAUGGAUAAAACUGUUCGUUUGUGGCGUGCCGGCUCUGACAAAUGUCUCGGAGUUUUCGAUCACAGCAACUAUGUUACAUGUGUUCAAUUCAAUCCGGUCGAUGAAAACCACUUCAUUAGCGGAUCGAUUGACGGGAAAGUUCGAGUUUGGGGAAUUCACAAGAAGAGAGUCGAAGAUUGGGCUCAUGCACGAGACAUUGUCACAGCUGUGUGCUAUCAACCAAACGGAAAGGGUUUCGUUGUUGGUUCUGUUUCCGGUACAUGCCGUUUCUACGAAUCUACGGGUGAUGAGCUCCAUUUAAAUGCAGAGAUUAAUAUGAACGGCAGGAGAAAAUCAUCUGGCAACAGAAUUACUGGCACUCAGUUUCUGAAAAACGACUCCCAAAGAGUAAUGAUCACAUCAGAGGACUCCAAAAUCCGUAUUCUCGACAGGCUCGAGGUUGUCCGCAAGUACAAAGGUCCGGCAAAAUCCGGUAGUCAAACAUCGGCUUCAUUCACUUCAAGCGGAAACCACAUCGUGUCGGUUGGGGAAGACUCGCGCGUUUACUUGUGGAACUACGACGAUUUAUCCAUCAAAACCGCCAAACAAGGCGCAAAGUCCACGCGUUCGUGCGAGAAUUUCGUCUCCGAGGGCGUUUCGGUCGUUUUACCCUACAUAAAACAUCAUUUAGCUGGAAAAGAUAAUGCUAUUGAACUAUUUAAACUUAUUGACAAUUUUAUUGUGCAAAUUGGGCUGAACAUUAUUGUUCAAGUUGUUACUAACAGCGCAACAACUUAUGUACAAGCCAAACAGAGACACCAUGGCCAAGGCAAGGAAGAUUAUAGUGUCAUCUACAGGUAUUCUUGGGUUUUGAACUUAAUGAGGGAAUUCACACGGACCAGCGAGUUAACAAGACAUGCUAUUACAAGAUUUGCAACAUCGUAUUUAACUUUGAGAAGUUUGCUUGAAUUAAAGAUUGCACUUAUGGCAAUGUUUGGAUCUGGAAUCUUGCAAAAAAGUUCAUAUGCAAAGAAAGCAGAUGGACGGGCUAUUGGUGAGAUAAUUUUAGCUGACAAGAAUUUCUAG